UGGCGGACAAACAUCACGCAGAAGUUUUAACCAAAUUUUCUUAAUUUUUCAAGAAAAAUACAUAGUAAAUCGUCCUCGAGUCGUCUCAGAGCUAAGGAGAGUUAUAAUUUGUUCUAUGACUAAUUUCAUAUAGCUGAAAUUUGACAACCUUUUAGAAAAAUAUGGCGAAAACCAAAGGAGGUAGAAAAACGACCAAGACGAAAUCAAACGAUAAUAAUGGAAGGUUUUAUAGACGAAAGCAAAAGGACAAAGAAGAUGAAGAAGUCCAAGUUGUACAGGUCAAAGACUUUGAAGAUGAAGAGGAUGAUUGUGAUGAUGAUAAAUCAGAUGAUGGUGAUGAAAUAGAGAAUAAAGAGACUAGAAAACUUGUCACUCAGCAGAACAGGAAGAAGAAGAAGUCUGGAGGAUUUCAAUCAAUGGGUCUUAGUAAUCCUGUCUACAGGGGAAUCAUGAAGAAGGGCUACAAAAUACCAACACCAAUUCAAAGAAAGGCAAUGCCAGUGAUAAUGGAUGGUAAAGAUGUUGUUGCUAUGGCUCGCACAGGGUCAGGUAAAACAGCAGCUUUUCUCAUUCCCAUGUUUGAAAAGUUACAGUCACACUCAGCAAAGACUGGUGCUAGAGCAUUGAUAAUGUCACCAACUCGAGAACUUGCUCUUCAGACACUGAAAUUUAUAAAAGAACUUGGUCGUUUCACUGGUAUAAAGGCUGCAGUGAUCCUUGGUGGUGAUAGUUUUGAGGGACAGUUUGCUGCAAUACACAGAAAUCCAGAUAUUAUUGUUGCAACUCCUGGUCGAUUCCUGCAUGUGAUAAUGGAGAUGGAUUUUAAGCUGUCGUCUGUAGAAUAUAUAGUAUUUGAUGAAGCUGAUCGGUUAUUUGAAAUGGGAUUUUCGGAGCAGCUACAUGAAAUAAUCCAUAAAUUACCUGAUUCAAGACAAACCCUGUUAUUCUCAGCAACAUUGCCAAGAAUACUUGUAGACUUUGCUAAAGCUGGACUAACAGACCCAGCACUCAUUCGUCUUGAUGUGGAUUCAAAAAUUAGUGAUCAAUUAAAGAUGGCAUUUUUCUACUGCAGAGCAGAUGACAAGCCAGCCAUUCUUUUGCAUUUAUUACAAAAUGUAAUCAGUCAGAAUGAACAAACCUUGAUAUUUGUGGCCACCAAACACCAUGUGGAAUAUUUAAAAGAGUUACUAUCACAAAGUGGAAUCUGCUGUUCAUAUGUAUAUAGCUCCUUGGAUCAAACAGCGCGCACAAUUAACGUAAGCAAAUUCCAGCACAAGAAGACAAUGGUGAUGGUUGUAACCGAUGUAGCUGCCCGUGGAAUAGAUAUACCAAUGUUGGAUAAUGUGAUCAACUUCCACUUCCCUGCAAAAUCUAAACUGUUUAUUCACCGGGUUGGUCGUGUUGCUAGAGCAGGAAGAUCAGGGACUGCUUACUCACUUGUAGCCAUGGAUGAGGUAGCUCACAUGUUGGACCUACAUUUAUUUUUGGGCCGACCACUCAAGGUGGCUACCAAGGAUUCUAAAAAUGAUGACAGUGAGGGGUUAUUGGGUAGAGUACCGCAAAGGAUUGUGGAUGAGGAAGAGGAUUUCUUGAGAACUGCGCAUGACCAGUCACAUGACCUGUUUUCGUUACAAGGAGUUUGUACCAAUGCGUACAAACAGUACAUACGAUCUAGAACUAAUCCUUCAUCAGAGUCAGUUAAAAGAGCAAAAGAACUCGUGACGUCAACGAUAGCAGUGCACCCAAUACUAGGUUCCACUGAUGAUGAAUCAACUGUUUCACAAGCACAGCUGCUUGAUAGCGUACGGAACUUCAAAUCCAGACAGACAAUAUUUGAAGUUUGCCCUACUGCGAAAUCUUCGGCUCAUAAAGUAAUGAGGUCCAAGCGAGAGAGACAUGGAGAGGUAAUAGAGAAAGCUAAGCAAAGAAAGCUUGAGCAUGAAACAACAGAAUCAUGGAAAACAAGUUCAGAGACGGCUGAUGAUGGAGUGAAUGACAAUGAUGUUGAUAUGCAGGGUGUUUUUACAACAGUGAUUGACCCGGGCAACAAAAACCGGGGGAAAUCGGGAUCUUCCUCUAACUUCCGAGAUGAGAACUACAUACCUCACCGUUCAUCAGAUCAUUACGCAGAGAAAGGACUGGGAAUGGGGUUAAGCACAUUUGAAAAAGUAGCAGCCGGUUCAGUUAUCGAAAUCAAUGGGGACGACGAUCUUGGAUUACGGAAAAACAAGCAUGUCAAGAAAUGGGACCGAAAGAGGAAACGAUUUAUCGGCGCAGAUGAAGAGAAGAAAAAGAAAAUCAAAACAGAAAGUGGGGCGCGGAUCCCUGCCACCUACAAGAAAGACAUAUAUAAAACUUGGAUCAAGAAAAAUCGUAUGGACGCGCCCGGCACUACGAGAGACAUGGGUGAUGACGAGGGCGUAGGAAAGCGUGGCAAAAAGGGAAAGUUUAACAAGAAGGGCGCUCACAAAGGAGGAAAAACCUUUCCUUCGGCCAAAAACGAACUGAAAUCCAAAGAUCAAAUACUGAAAGCAAGAAAAGCAAAAGAAAGGCUCAUGCAGAAACAGAAAAUGGGCAAAGAUAGGAACAGGAAGAAGAAAAUGAUGCAAGGACGAUAGUUUAAACCUUGUUCGGUUAGGUUUGAUAAGAAUCAUCGGUUUAUUGAUACAGUACAUAAACAUACAUUGAUUUUAAAAACAUGCAUUAUUUUAUUGACAUGGUGUACAAAGUGCCCCUAUUGCCUACAAUACUUUUAGUAUUGAUUCUACUUGAAGUGAAUAAUUGAAUGGUGAAAUGUUUCUGCAUUUGAGUUUGCGUACCUUUUGAAUGUGACGACAUCUGGUUAGAUUUGUUUAACUUGUAAUGCUAAACACAGGCCAUUAUGAGACACCAAAUUUACAAUAUAAAUUGUGUAAAUCAUGAGUAUGAUUUUGAUAUUUAUUGAAUACUUUUUUCUUGAACAAGAAUUUGUAUUUUUAAUUAAUACCCAGAUUGCAUCAGAGCUAAAAGUGUAAACCUUGAUAUCUUCAAAAUACAUCACUCAAAUCAUAUGAAAAUGUUUUAUCAUUCAACUACUAGUAUUCACUUCAUGUAGAAUCAAUACUAAAAGUAUUGUCUCAAGCAGUACGGGCACUUUAAGUUUCAAGUAAUUCACUUGUCGUAUUCGACACACUAAUGUAGUGCAAACAAGUAACAUAACAUUAUCUUUUCCGUCGUUUUGAUUGGCCGAGACAACUGCAAAUAACUACCUACAAAUAAUAGUUUGCUCAUGCGCAGUAACGAUGCAUUUGUCAACAUUGCUCGCUUCGCUGUGACUUGGUGUGCUUGAUAGACAGCAAAACACAAGGAGAAAACGAUUAUUGAACUCGGUUAAAAAAUCUCGUUUAUCAGACUAGCAGAAUUACCCAAGUAAAAUGUCUUUUUUUCUCUCUA